AUCGACAAUUUCCAAUCUGAUUGGGGCAUCAAUAACGCAGGUGUCCCUCAAGGAACCAAAUUGGGCCCUAUUUUGUUCAUAAUUAUGAUCAACGAUCUUGAACUAGCAUCCUCUAGCACUGACCAUUGGAAAUACGUGGAUGACGUAACAAUAUCGGAGUCCUUAAAGAAAAAUGAAGUUUCAGUCCUACAAUCUGAUCUUAACACAAUUGAAAGAUGGGCUGUUAAUAACAACAUGAAAUUGAAGGGAAAGAAAUGCAACGAAAUGAUAGUGAAUUUCGUGCGUAGCGAGAAUGACAUCCCCCGACUCCUCAUUGAUGGUUUACCUCUAGACUUAGUUCCUUCUUUCAAAAUUUUGGGCUUAACCAUAAACAAUAAAUUGAAAUGGCAAGAUAACACUGAAGCGUUAGUUAAAAAGCUCUAG